AUGAAUAUGAACAGUCCACAUCCUUCAGUACUGGGUGGUCUUGGAGGCGAAACUCCAGCACAUGGGCCUGCUUCAAUAUUAGGUGGUCAUGGAGGUCCUGGGUCGGUGCUCGGUCAGCACGGAGGGCCUGGCUCUGUUCUAGGUCCUGGCUCCAUCAUGGGCCCAUCCAGCAUCGUUGGACCUAAUAGUCUUCUAGGACCGUCUUCAAUGAUAGGUGGAUCUCAUCAACAACAAAGUAUGAAUCGAAGAUUUUUUCAGACCUUGUGCGCCUCAAGUAGACGGCAUGAUUUUUUAGGUAUGAUGCAUAGCAGUCAUGGCGGACCUGGAUCCAUGGUUGGUUUCGCCUCGCAAGAUCGUGGAAGUAAUAUGAAUUUGAAUCUCAACAUCAAUCCAUCAUCUGUCGUUAAUGUUGGUGGAAAUCCAGGAUCCGUUUUUCAGGACAUGAAUCCUGGAUCAGUUGGACCCAAUCUAGCUGUGCCAAUGACACCUUUGAAUUUUGAACAGCAAAGCUAUCGAGAUGCAAACCAUAUGCCUGCAUCGAAUCUGCCUGCGGCUAUGAUGCCAGCUACUCCUGCCAGUGCCAUCGACAUUCCCAUGCCCACGUUACAAAACAUCGUUUCUACGGUCAAUCUGGGUGUACCAUUAGACCUAAAGAAGAUAGCUUUGCAUGCGCGCAAUGCGGAAUAUAAUCCAAAGCGUUUCGCCGCUGUGAUUAUGCGCAUUCGUGAGCCGCGUACAACUGCUCUCAUAUUUUCUAGUGGCAAAAUGGUUUGCACUGGUGCAAAGUCGGAAGAUGCUAGCAGACUAGCUGCCCGAAAAUAUGCUAGAAUUGUUCAAAAAUUAGGAUUCGACGCCAAGUUUACGGAGUUUAAGGUGCAAAAUAUGGUUGGUUCAUGCGAUGUUCGCUUCCCCAUCCAAUUAGAAGGAUUAUGUGUGACCCACACUCAAUUCAGCACUUACGAACCGGAGUUGUUUCCUGGACUGAUUUAUCGUAUGGUCAAACCGCGUGUGGUAUUGCUAAUCUUCGUGUCAGGAAAAGUGAGCAAGCUUUUUGGAUUUUCUGUUCGCUUCGCUUUUGGUUCAGUCUUUUCCGGAGGAACUUGUGCUAAGGAUACUGCUCUGUUAGAUUUUGAAACAGUUUUCUGCCACUAA